AUGUCUCCGUAUCUUUGGACCCUGCGCCUCAUACAGGCUUUCGAGGACCGAAUCAUCGAAGCUAUCCUUCGCCAGCCCGGAUUCCACCGCGCCGUCGGUCGCAUCCAUCGAACAAUCCACGAACAAAGACACGGUCGUAACCCGCACGAACCCCUAGCACCGGGAGAAGCGACAGCGGACCCCAACGCGGCCGGCCGAGGAAGGCAGUCUUUCCUAAGGCACUUCCUCGACGAAAUAAAGAACCAGCUUCGAGGAAAGCCGACCGACUUGGCAAACAAAAAGCCGCCUAGGUAG